AUGAUUACGACAAGCAUGGUGGAUUCAGAUGAAGACGAUGAUUCGUACGUCUGCCUGGGUGAAUGGAUUGGCCCUGCAUCGACAGAUGAACCUGCAAAGAAUCCCGUUUCUGUACAUGACUUGGAAGUCCGUGAUAGCCAAGGGAGGGUCCGUUUCCAUGGAGCCUUCACAGGCGGAUUUUCUGCUGGCUAUUUCAACACUGUUGGAACCAAGGAAGGAUGGAAGCCGUCAACCUUUGUAUCCAACCGUGAAAACCGGCAAAAACAGAAAGCUGCUGUUCCUGAAGAUUUUAUGGAUGAAGAGGAUUUUGGAGAACAUGGCAUUGCACCACGUCAGAUUGUCACAUCAGACAAUUUCAAGUCUGUGGAAUUACAGAGAAAGAGAACAGCUGUAGCAAGUGCCAUCACAGCUGAUAGCUUAUUGUCUGGCUUGGGCUCCACACUCUUGGACUUGAUUGUUCCAGAGAAACUGACGAUAGGUGUCAGACUGCUACGCAAAAUGGGUUGGAAAGAAGGUCAAGGUGUUGGGCCUCGCUAUGAGAAGCAUAAAAUAAAGAAGAAAAAGAAGUCAGAUGGUGCUAAAAUGUAUGGCUGCACAUUACCAGAUUCAGGUUCGGAAUCAGAGGCUUCUGAUGAGUAUGUUCCUGAAUCUGUAACAUUUGCUCCCAAAGAUAUUUGUCCCAUAUCCUUUGUCCCCAAAGACAAUGCACAUGGUCUUGGAUACAGUGGCAUUAACAUCAAGGCAGCUCUUCCCUCUGGUCAUAUUUCUCUCUUCUCAGAACCAUAUUCAACACCUCAGCCAAAAUCCCAUAAAAGAAAAGGAAUUCAAGGAGCAGCAUUUGGUGUUGGUGCCUUGGAGGAAGAUGAUGAUGACAUUUAUACAUUGGACAGUUUCUCAAACUAUGACCAGUCUAUUGGAGGACCUGAAGUUGAUGAUAAUCUGUUUGGCUGGACAGCCCCUGGCAGAAAUAAACCUGGGGAACAUUUGCCUUCUAAUUAUGUCGGAAAGAUACUUGAUGGAUUUACUUUAGCUUCUGCCCCUUUGCAUGCAAGAAAAGUCUAUUCUCUUCCUGUCAUACCAAAGGACUACAAGCCAUUCCAUGUAUUCAAAGAAAUCUCCUGUGAUUUAAAACCCUCGGUACCUGAUCAGAGGAACCAACAAUUAAAUGCCCACAGUCGAAGCAUUCUUCUUGGAGAAAUCAGCACUGAAGGCUCUGUUUUUGAUCUGCUCAAGAAAGAUGAUGCAAACCGACUUGCAAAACUCUCUGAAAGCAACCAGAAAACUUUCACAUUAAAUGAGAUAUCUAAGAAUCAAAUAGCAAACUGUGAUCUCCAAUCUGAGUCUAUUUCCACUACAGACAAAAGUCAUACAUUUACUCCUGCUGUUGGCAGUAGUACUUCUCCAAAAAGCAGUAUGGUUGCAGUUGAUCCAAAGCAAGAAGUUACCAUGGAGCAUGAUAAAUUAGAAAUUAAACCAUUCAAAAUUCAAACCACACAAUUGCCUCAGACCUCCAAUUGCCUUCAGGCUGGAUUCCAGCCAUUUGCCAAAGACCCUGCCAAACAGGAAAGAUAUGAUCGAUACUUGCUCCUCUUAAAACAUGGAAAGAUUGAUCCUUAUGAUGAUGUCAGUGCUGGAUGUGAAAUGACAGAAUGGGAACAAAAAAAGGAAAAGGACGAGUUCUUUCGUGCUGCUAAGAUAUUUAAACCGCUUAGUGGUCUUAUGGCAUCACGUUUCACUGCUGCUAAAUUCACUGAUGAAGACAGCUCAGCAGAAAUGCCUAUUGAUGAUUCAGCUGAUAAAGAUGACCUUUCUCGAGCAGCAGACAUGAAACUUUUUGGCAAGUUGACUCGGGAGACAUUUGAAUGGCACCCUGAUCAAUUGCUAUGUCGGCGAUUCAAUGUUCCUGAUCCUCAUCCAGGGUCUGGCAUCAUUGGAAUACCUAAGAUAAAAAGAGACAAAUAUUCAAUUUUCAACUUCCUUGAAGCAACUCAAUCUAAAGACAUCCCAGCAACCAGCAAACAAUCAGAGAAAACAAAAAUUUCCAGUGCUUCCGCUACUGCAUCUCCAAGUACAGUGUCUGCGUCAUCAACUACAAGUUCCAAAAAUACUGCCCACCAGGAUAAACCUUCCAUUUUUAGUCAUCUCAUGGAUCAUUUGCCAGCUGAAAGGAAACAAACUUUGCCUCCAGCUGCAGCUGACAAAUGUUCAGAAUCAAGUACUUCAACACAGUCAAUGUCAAAGACUGAGUCAGUCACUGAAAACAAGGAUGACGAACGCCCACCUCUGGAUCUGUUCAAGGCCAUAUUUGCUGACUCAUCCUCAUCUGAAGAUGAAGAAGAUGAAGUAAAAGAAGUCAAACCUAAGUCUGUUUCUGGUGUUGAAUCACAUAAUGGAAAGCUUAGUUCAGUUACCAUGACAACUGAGAAUAGUAUUAAAGACCUAACACAUUCGAGUGACAAGACCUCUUCUUUGAAAUCUAACCCCGAAACUUCAAUUCGGAGCAAAUUUUGGGAAUGUCUAUUGUCUAAUGAAAAGGAAGAAGCCAGCAAUGUAUCAGAGGAACAGCAGUGUCCAUUGGCAACAAAUCAAGAAAAAGACAGUAGCGAUGGAGAAGCUUAUGGCCCUGCCUUGCCACCGACAUUGACGUCAUCUGAAGGACAUAAAGAUGAAACGACGACUUGUCUUGAUAGCAAAUUGCUCUCUUUACUGAAAAGUCCAUCAGCAAAGAAACAUAAACACAAAAGUAAACACAAGUCAAAAAAAUCUAAAAAGGUGAAGCAUAAACAUAAAAAAGAGAAAAGACACAAAGACAAAAAGAAAAAGAAACAUUCUUCUUCAAAAAGAAAAGCCUCCUCUCUCUCUUCAUCGGCCUCAUCACCUUCGUCAUCCAACGUGUCUCCUGUGCAUAGAAAAAAGAAAAAUGUCUGA